AAGAAAUUCUGUUAAUGAGUUUAAGAAAUGUUUUUAGGGCUUAAAUCUAAAACUCUGUCACUUUAACUUACUAAUGAAUACCAGUGUGAAUUACAAAUGCAAAGGGGGUUCUCCAAGAGUGUGCGGCCCCGUUGGGUCAGCAUAUAAAAACCUGGUGAUUCUAAGAAUGCUGUAAUUACUUUUUUCUUUUCCUUUUUUUUUUUUUUAAGGAUGUCAUUGAAAAGAAGUUGGAAAAAAAACCAAUCUCUCCGACCACGGUGCGAAGGGCAAGACACGCUGGCAGAGACGGGGGGCGGGUUCCGGAAUCCCACAGCUCGGGCGCUCCCGGGACGUGACCGUGGGCAUCUCCCCGAGCUUCAUGCGGGUCGCCCCGCUGUCAAAUGGGACCUUUCCUGAGCCGCCUCCCAGCGGUGGUUGUGAGGAAAAAACGAGGCCGGGCGCCGAGUAGGCGCUGGAGAAAAGAUUUGAAAGAACCCAACUGCAAACCACAGAUAUACAAGAAGGCUGUUUUCUCAAGCAAGAGUCAUCCUUUAACGAAGUCACCAUGGUGGACACAGAGAUGCCAUUUUGGCCCACCAACUUUGGGAUCAGCUCCGUGGACCUUUCCAUGAUGGACGACCACUCCCACUCCUUCGACAUCAAGCCCUUCACCACUGUGGAUUUCUCCAGCAUUUCCACUCCACACUAUGAAGACAUUCCGUUUGCAAGAGCUGACCCAAUGGUUGCUGACUAUAAGUAUGACCUGAAGCUCCAAGAUUACCAAAGUGCCAUCAAAGUGGAGCCUGCAUCCCCACCUUAUUAUUCCGAAAAGACCCAGCUGUACAAUAAACCUCACGAAGAGCCUUCUAAUUCCCUCAUGGCAAUUGAAUGCCGUGUCUGCGGAGAUAAAGCUUCUGGGUUCCACUAUGGAGUUCAUGCUUGUGAAGGAUGCAAGGGUUUCUUCCGGAGGACAAUCAGAUUGAAGCUUAUUUAUGAUAGGUGUGAUCUUAACUGUCGGAUCCACAAAAAAAGUAGAAAUAAAUGUCAGUACUGUCGGUUCCAGAAGUGCCUCGCUGUGGGGAUGUCUCAUAAUGCCAUCAGGUUUGGGCGGAUGCCGCAGGCCGAGAAGGAGAAGCUGUUGGCGGAGAUCUCCAGUGAUAUCGACCAGCUGAACCCAGAGUCUGCUGAUCUCCGGGCCCUGGCAAAACAUUUGUAUGACUCAUACAUAAAGUCCUUCCCGCUGACCAAAGCGAAAGCAAGGGCGAUCUUGACAGGAAAGACAACAGACAAAUCACCAUUUGUUAUCUAUGACAUGAAUUCCUUAAUGAUGGGAGAAGAUAAAAUCAAGUUCAAACACAUCACCCCCCUGCAGGAGCAGAGCAAAGAGGUGGCCAUCCGCAUUUUUCAGGGGUGUCAGUUCCGCUCAGUGGAAGCUGUGCAGGAGAUCACAGAGUAUGCCAAAAGCAUUCCUGGUUUUGUAAACCUUGACUUGAAUGACCAAGUAACUCUCCUAAAAUAUGGCGUCCAUGAGAUCAUUUACACAAUGCUGGCCUCCUUGAUGAAUAAAGACGGGGUUCUCAUAUCAGAGGGCCAAGGAUUCAUGACCAGGGAGUUUCUAAAGAGCCUGAGAAAGCCCUUUGGUGACUUUAUGGAGCCCAAGUUUGAGUUUGCUGUGAAGUUCAAUGCACUGGAAUUAGAUGACAGCGACUUGGCGAUAUUUAUAGCUGUCAUUAUUCUCAGUGGAGACCGCCCUGGUUUGCUGAAUGUGAAACCCAUAGAGGACAUACAAGACAACUUGCUGCAAGCCUUGGAGCUCCAGCUCAAGCUGAACCACCCCGAGUCCUCUCAGCUCUUUGCCAAGCUGCUCCAGAAAAUGACAGACCUCAGACAGAUUGUAACAGAACAUGUGCAGCUAUUGCAAGUAAUAAAGAAAACAGAGACAGACAUGAGUCUUCACCCACUCCUACAAGAAAUAUACAAGGACUUGUAUUAGCAGAGAAGUCCUAAUUCACUGACAAUGUUUUACUUCUUCCAAUUGCACUAUGAUUCUGAGGGAAAAAUCUGACACCUAAAAAAUUUACUGUGAAAAAGCAUUUUAAAAAGAAAGGGUUUUAGAAUAAUAGAUGUAUUUUAUGCAUAUUGUUUAUAAAGAUACAUUUACAAUUUACUUUUAAUAUUAAAAAUUACCACAUAUG